CGCGCCAGUUAAAAAAACAGAGGGUUUAUGGUUUUAGGAGCUCGCCGCUAUUAGUGCUCUUGCAAGACUUCACUCACUGUCUUCAAUUUCAAACCCCCGCCCCUCUCUCUCGUAUCAUCAAAGUCUAAAGAUGAUCAGAGGCGGAAGAAACUACGUGUCGUCACCCCCAGCCUUCUCCAACGAUGCCAAACGACUCCUCGUUUGCGCUGCCAACUCCGUCUCCAUCUUCAGCACCGCCACCGGCUUACCGGUAGCGUCACUUGAUGGCCAUAGGGCGCUUGUUACGGCGGUGAUAGUAGUGCCGGCGUUGACGCCGGCAAGUAAGAUACUAUGCUAUUGCUGGACGGCCUCACUUGACGGAACUAUACGGUAUUGGGAUUUUUCAGUGCCAGAGUUGAUUAAGAUAAUUAAUGUUAAUUCUCCAAUUAUCUCCAUGGUGAUCCCAUCUUUAUUAUGUCAAACAACCGAGAACAAUGAGAAAUCACUUAAAAGUUUCGCUUAUUUGUCUGUUGAAAACACAAAAGAAGCAGAAAAGGAGUCUACUAAAGUUUUACGUGGUCAAAUUAAAAAGUGUAACUUGACUGAUUUCCGUAUGGCUGGUGGAGUGACACUUACAGAGACAAAGCAACCAGAGAUUAUAACUGUUAGCGCCUUGGGAAAAUAUUUCGGUAUCCGAUUCAAGUGCAAGCUUCAAAUAUGGAAAGUUCCAACUACAGAAUCUGAGCGUGCUGUGGUUAAGAAGAUUACGCUGCAUCAUACAAAGAAUAUGACAGUUCUUGCAUUCCACCCAAAUCAGAGAAUUAUUGCUGCAGGGGAUGUGACUGGAAGAAUUUUGAUUUGGAGGGGAUUUGGGGAUAGAACAUUUGUUGAUGAUGACAGAUUAGUGGGUGUAAGGUCGAUGAAUAACAGGGAAGAAAGACCUGGGGUGAGGGGUGAUGAUGAUGCUGAUUCGUGCACCACAUGGCAUUGGCAUUCUGCUGAAGUAAAUGUUCUUUUUUUCUCUCUGGAUGGAGCCUAUUUGUAUUCAGGUGGAAAGGAAGGAGUUCUUGUGGUUUGGCAACUAGACACAGGAAAGAAGAAAUUUUUACCAAGAAUUGGAUCUCCACUCUUAUGGUUUACAAAUUCUCCAGAUCCUUCACUUUCCUCUGUAUCUUGUGCAGAUAAUCAAAUUCAUCUACUCAAAAUGCCCUCAAUGGAAAUUUUGAAAUCCAUCUCGGGGAUCAAGCUUCCUUGUUCAUUUCCAGAGAUGUACAAUGGCUUACGAAGUGGGAUUGCCUUUGACCGUAAUGCAGGGUUAGUUGCCUUGCCUACAGAAAACUAUUGCAUCCAAUUAUACAGCCUAUUGGAUGACCGAGGAAUUUCUGAGGUUCAAGUUUGUGAGAGAAACCAUCAACCAGGUGAUGAAGUCACGGUAGUAGUGACAUUAGCUGUUCUCUCCUUAGAUGGCUCGAUGAUGAGUACUGCUGAAGUGAAGCUUCCUGAGGAGGGUUUGGGAGGAUUAGUUUGUCUGAAGUUUUGGGCAUUUGGAUCACAAAAGGAGUUCAGUUUGACUACCAUUGUUUAUGAGCCCCACAGGGAUGCUGGCAUUUCAGCUAUUGCUUUUCAUCCUACCCGCCCCAUGGCUGUCAGUUCUUCUUAUGGUGGGGACUUCAAGGUUUGGAUUUGCAACAAGGGGAUUCGGCAGGUGGAUGAACCACGCCCAAAUUCUGGAUGGACUUGUCAUGCUGUUGGCUCAUACAAAAAAAAGUCAAUGACAGCUGCCACAUUUUCUUCCGACGGUUCUGUUCUUGCUGUUGCAGCUGAAACUGUUAUCACAUUGUGGGAUGCAGAUAAGAAUAUUCUAGUGGCUGUGAUUGGGGACACUCCGACGCCUAUUGUGAACCUCUCAUUUGCUGGAACAUCAGAGUAUCUUGUUUCGGCAUCUUGGGGUUUGAAGCCGCAAUUAUCCGUUUGGAGUAUGUCAAAGCUGUCUAUAGCAUGGUCAUACAUGCUUCAUGUAGAAGCUAUAGCUAGUGCAGAAGACAUUUCAUCUUUUGCUGUUCUUGCACUUCUUCCUGAAUCAUCAAAAUGCAAUGAAACAUCAUUUAAAGGAAGAGAUGGUGUAAUUUUAUUAUUCAAUGCAGCCGAUCCUGUUCCUGUUUCUACCUGGUCAGUGAAUAAGGCCAAGGGAGGGGCUCUUUCUUUUAUUCAAGGAAAUCAGUUAUCUAUUGAUGAAAAUGAACUAGAUGGAAAACCACCUCAAUCAUUGCUUGCAUAUAUAAAUGGUGAUCGUGAGUAUUUACUAUUUGACCCAGAAGGGAAAGAAACAAAUGAAUUUAGCGCCAUUAAACGUGAGGGUCUCAGUAACCUUGAAGAAUCAGGGAAAUUUGGGUAUGAGUCUAUCUAUGGAGAGCUCCCACAGUUUGACCCAAAGAGGAAACAGGCUUCAUGGGUUCCAUCUGCACCAUUGGAGAGGCCUUGGGAGACCAUAUUUAGUGGAUCAUCACAUAAUCUUCCACCCCUUACCAAAUUAUGUUCAGCAUUUUUGGAAUCUUUGUUUGAAAAGAGGACAGCCAUUGUAGAGUGACGUCGAGGGAAGAUGCUGGGUCCAAAUGCUGUUCAAGCUUUAACUUGAUUGAUUAUAGACAGUCCAAGAGGAUCAGUCCUGUUUCAUGCCCAUUCAAAAAUACGGGGAAGCCUUGAAGUUGUGCCAACACUAUGCUGAGAAUCCCUGCCAAAAAUGUUAAAAUCGAAUGCUUCUUACUGGAUCAGCAUUUUGUGAUGAAAUUUUACUACUUCAGACGGAGAGCCUCGUAUUUGGCUGUUGAGAUUUUGGUAGGAAUCAUGUCUGAAACUUUUUAAUAUUCUCAAGGUAAUCUUUUGUGGCGUCAAUAGGGCAAAGUGUUAAUUAGAAGAUUGUUCUUUCUCUUACCAUUUCUCUCUCUCUUUCUUUUUUCCUUAAAGGCUGUGCUCAAGAAAAGUUGUGUUCUUACAUGGUUCUAGCUAGGGUUAGAUAAUUUUGUCGCAUUUCGAUGGUAGAAAAAGAUGGUCAUAUUGAUGAUUAUUGUAUGAACUGUCAUUUCACGAACGAAGAGUAUCAUAAUUAUACGUGGAUUAACCUUUA